UGCGACGUUUUAUCGGCCGAACAUCUUCUAAUAGAAAAAUCAAAUUGGCCCCCGAUUGCACGGCAUCACGAUAUAGCUGGUGUAACGAGACCGGAAGGAUUUGCUUCGGUGCCAGGGCAAACAGUCUUCACUGUUCUCCAGUACCGCUCUUCCUCGGUACAACCGGCGCUAUUAUUGAAGUGCCGUCUAAAUAUAGUUAAGAACGCGUGUUUUUGACGUAAAUCGCGUCGCCUCUUUUUAUCCUGAUUCAAUGUGCCGCCGAAAUCGACGUUUACGUACCGGCGCUAUCAAAGAUCCUCAUACCAUGAAGAAGUUCGUCCUUCGAGUUCUUUUUACGUCUUGCGUUCUAGGAUUAACGAAAGCUGAUAUCAACGGAUUGUCAAAACCGGAACGCAACUAUAAUGGCGUCGAAAGAUCAUAUUGUCCAGCAAACGCUUAUGUCGGGAAUCAACCAAUCAAUCGAUACGAUAGUUCUUUGCGACUGAGACAAUUAAGAUCCGAAAUGGUUCGGGUGGCGGCAGUUCAAGGACCAGCUCUCGAUGGCUACAUCGUUACGUCAGACGACGAACAUCAGACAGUGAACUUCGUUUCUCAUGGCCGUGAUGGCCCUGUAGAGAGCGAAACCGUAGAUCCACAUGAUAUGAGAAGAGAAUUUCUUACUGGAUUUUAUGGAAGUGCUGGAGAAGCUGUAGUAACUAUAAACAAAGCGGUACUUUGGACUGAUGGUCGAUAUCAUGUUCAAGCAAAUCAUCAACUAGAUUGCAACUGGAUUUUAAUGAAGCGAGGUGAACACGAGGUACCAACGAUAACAGAAUGGUUAAUACAAGAGUUUCAAAAUCGAUCGGAAGUACGUAUUGGUGCUAAUCCGAAGUUAAUAUCCGCAUUUACAUGGGAGGCAUGGGAAGUCGAAUUGGCAAAUUCGUCCGUAAGAUUGGUCGCAGUCCGUAACGACCUGGUGGACUUGAUCUGGCAGGUGGGCCGACCUGAGUACAAUCCGCACGCGGCGUAUCCGCUCGCAGACAAAUUCUCCGGUAAACCAUGGCAAGAGAAAGUUCAAAGUAUCCGAUUGGAAAUGGAGUAUUCGUCGGCCGAUGCACUAGUCGUCACCGCACUGGACGAGAUAGCAUGGCUCUUCAAUAUCCGCGGUUACGAUCUACCGCAUACGCCUGUCCUUAGAGCAUACGCGAUUAUCACUCAUGGGUCCUUGCAUCUCUAUACGCCACGUCAAAAGAUUCUGCGGUCCGUCGACAUACAUUUGAAAAUCGACUCCUGCUCGCAUGCGAAUUGUGUCAAAUGGCAUAAUUACACAGACAUUUGGUAUGAUUUAAAGACUAUGUCUCAAAUUUGGAAUACGGUGUGGCUUCCGUCACCAUACGGUCACGCGCCGGGUGCGUCCAAAGAAAUAUACAAUUCUAUUCCACCGGAGAAGAGAUUGGCUAAAGCUUCGCCUAUAAUCGAUUUACGAGCGGAAAAAAAUAAAAUUGAAGUAGCAGGUAUGAGAAAAUCUCAUUUAAGGGAUGCAAUGGCUAUGUGUGAUUUCCUAGCUUACAUGGAAGAACAGUAUAACUUGGAUUCCGAAGGAUGGGACGAAUUGCAAGUAGCGAGAGUAGCUAAUGAAGUUCGUUACGAGCAAAAUAACAAUAGAGGUAUCGCUUUCCCAACAAUCGCGGGAUAUGGACCACAUGCCGCUAUGCCGCAUUAUGAGCCGAAUAACUUGACCAAUAUUAAAAUCGGGACCACAUCCACGUUAAUGAUUGAUUCCGGAGGACAAUACUUAGAUGGUACCACAGACGUGACUAGAACUCUUCAUUUCGGAGUGCCGACUGACGAGCAGAGGAAAGCCUACACAAGAGUGCUGAUCGGUUCGAUUGAAUUAUCGUCUUUGAUCUUUCCCAGUGAUCUGACGGUAGACCAAUUGGACGCUAUUGCACGAAGGCCAUUGUGGAGCACCGGUUACGAUUACAUGCACGAAACUGGUCAUGGAAUCGGUCACUUCUCUUCAGUUCACGAACCGCCUAUCGGUUUGUCGUAUUUUGGAUGCAAAAAUUCACUCACAGGAUGUUCCGUCAAAUUGAAGCCAGGAUUCUUUCUCUCAAACGAACCAGGAUAUUACAAAGAAAACGAGUUCGGAGUUCGUUUGGAAAACAUUCUUGAAGUAAUUCCAGCUGACAAAUUGAUUCAUAAAGGGUCAAGAUUUCUCAAAUUUCGGGAUGUUACUCUAGUACCUUACGAACCGAAACUUAUCGACGUUACUAUGCUAACACCGCUGCAUCGGCGUUGGCUGAACAAUUACAAUAAACGCAUACGAAAGGAAGUCGGCGCAGAGUUAAAAAAGAAUUUAAAAAUGAGAGCAUUUUAC